UCGAGACAGUUGGAGUUAUUACUGGGCCUAGUUAGCUGAAUCAAAGAAUUUUCUGGUAGAAGUGUAGAAGUGUAGUGUACAAUAACGAAACAUUCAAGGUGAUUGAGAAAGCUAGCUAGAGAGAGAAAGCAAGUACUUGUAAGAGAUGGUGAACACAGUGAGUUGCUACGUUUCCUUCCUAAACAAAACAAUGAAGUUAGCAGGGUUGCAACCCAAGGAAGUGGAAGUAGCACCAGGAACAAUUAUUCAUUUUUGGGUUAACAACAACAACAACGAUGACAACGACAACAACAACACGAAGAAGAAGAAGAAGAAGAAGCUACUGCCUUUAGUUCUUAUACAAGGUUUCGGAGGUGAUGGAAUACUAACAUGGCAAUUCCAAGUUUUAGCCUUAAGAAAAAAGUAUGAUCUUUAUAUACCCGACCUCCUCUUUUUUGGUGGAUCCUAUACUAGUAGUAAAACUAAGAUAACUCCAAGGUUACACGCAGAUUGUUUUGCAAAAGGGCUAAGGAAGUUGGGUGUUGAGAAGUGUGUGGUGGUCGGGUUAAGUUAUGGUGGGUUUGUUGGGUUCCAAAUGGCUGAACACUACCCUGACUUGGUGGAUUCGAUGGUGGUUACCGGCUCGGUUAUGGCGUUGUCCGAGUCCAUAAGUAGUAAGGCUUUGAAGAGGAUAGGGUUUUCUUCUUGGCCGGAGUGUUUGAUGCCUAAUUCUGUUGAAGGUGUCAAGGCUUUUCUUGAUGUUACUUCUUAUAGCUUGCCUUGGAUGCCUAAUUUUUUCUACAAACACUUCCUUGAGGCUUUGUUUAGCAAUAAUAGGAAGGAGAGAGUUAAAAUAUUAGAGGCUCUUGUGGUCAAAGAUGAGCAUGUCACCAACCAUCAAUUUCGGCAGAGGAUACACCUACUAUGGGGCGAGGAUGACAUAAUUUUCAACAUGGAAGUGGCAAACAACUUGAAAGAGAGAUUGGGUGGCAAGACGAACUUGCAAGUUUUAAAGAAGGCUGGUCACUUAGCUCCAUUGGAAAGGCCAUUUGCCUUCAACAAAUGCCUCAAAAAAAAUGCUGGACUCCUUGGCUAUAGAUAGAUAAUCGACAAUAAAUUAAACACUAUUUUUAGUUUGUUAAGUUUGUCGCAUUUAAUAGCACCUAAUUAUUGUAAUUCCAGCAUAUCUACUUGCUACCGCUGCAGUAUCAUCAAUUCAUCAAGUUUUCUUUUUCUAUUGUAUUAUUCUCUUAAGGGUAAUGCUAUAUGCAGCCCUUAGGGCUGUAUAUAAGCAUUUAUCGUCCUUCCUUUUUUAGUAUUAAUUGGGAAUUUAUCGACAAUUUACGAGUAAAUCGAUGUAAUAAAUGUUUAUUUAUUAUCUAUUCUUUCUACUUUUAGUUUUGGUUGAGAACCUUAGCUUGGGCCCCGGGGACAAUCGGACAAGACCCCAAACAGUCAAGGUCAAACAUAUAAUAAUACUUUCUCGGUUUA